UCUCUCUGUCCCAGCGUGGCUAAAUGUUCCUUAGAAGGCAGGGAGGCGCCUUCCAUAGCCUGUGACUUUCAAUCCACUCUCCUAACAACCCGCUCAUUCUUCCCAUUCUUCAUGCUUCUCGCCUUUGAAGGUGGUGGCCUUCUCAGAGCCUUUCUUUUGCUACUAUCUUAUCCUCUUGUUUUAGUGCUUGGCCACCAUCAUCAUGAGCUCAGUUUAAGAAUCAUGGCUUUCAUCUCCUUCUGCGGUCUUCGGAAGAAGGACGUCGACUUAGUAGCUAAGGCGGUGCUUCCUAAGUUCUUUUUGGAGAACCUGGAUGUGAGAGCUUAUCAUGUAUGGGCUUCGAGUAAGGGGAAGAAGUUGGUGGUCACUGGCGUGCCGAGGGUUAUGGUGGAAUGGUUCCUCAAAGAUUAUUUGGGUGCUAAUGAAGUUGCCGGCGCUGAAAUGAAGGUUGUUGGUGGUGGAGCCUGGUCCUUUUACACCGGUAUCAUUAUUGGUGGGCUCGGGGUUUCUUCAAAGCAUAAGGCUAUUAGGGAUCUCUUUGGGGAGAACAAACCUGAUAUUGGCCUUGUAAGCCAUGGAAAUCCGCAUGAUCAUGUAUUUGUCUCCAGCUGCAAGCAAACAUACAUAGUAAACAAGGACAACAGUAGCCGGGCCACCCUUCCCCGAGAGAAAUAUCCGAAGCCUUUAAUCUUCCACGACGGCCGUCUCGCCUUCCUUCCAAUGCCAUCAUCCAUGCUAGCUCUCUUCCUGUGGCUUCCAAUUGGUAUCUCUCUCUUCAUCAUACGUGCAGCCAUCGGCCAUCUUCUCCCCUACAAACUUGCAAAACACAUCUCGCCCAUAAGUGGUAUCCGCCUACGCGUCGACGGUCUUCCCCUCGACAACACUGACAGCAAACAAAAAGGAGUUCUAUACGUCUGCAACCACCGCACCCUCCUCGAUCCAUUAUUUGUAAGCGCAGCUAUCAACCGCCCUAUCACAGCCGUGACAUACAGCCUCAGCCCAAUUUCCGAACUAAUUUCUCCGAUAAAAACCGCCAGGCUCACCAGAGACCGAAAACGAGACGCUGAGAAAAUUACCAAACUUCUUAAGGAAGGAGACGUAGUUGUCUGUCCUGAGGGGACCACGUGUCGUGAGCCUUAUCUUCUCCGGUUCAGCGCGCUCUUCGCAGAGUUGGCUGACAACAUGGUGCCGGUAGCCGUGGACACCAGCGUAACCAUGUUCUACGGCACGACGGCGAGUGGCUUCAAGUUUUUAGAUCCGGUCUUUUUCCUAAUGAACCCACGGCCCGAGUACUUGCUCCGGUUCCUAGGCCACGUGCCAGAAGAGAUGACGUGUGCCUCCGGACGGACGGCGAUGGAGGUGGCCAACGGGAUACAGAAAAUACUUGCUGACGCUUUGGGGUUUGAGUGCACGUCGUUAACGAGGAAGGAUAAGUAUUUGAUGCUUGCAGGCAAUGAAGGCGUUGUUGAAAAGAGAAAGAGUAAGAGAAGUUGAUAGACAAAUUAAAGAGAGAAGAAAAAGAAAGAUAU